AUGAUGGGCAGAUGGUCUUCUGUUGGGCUGCAACAGUUGCGUCUGCAGAGCACCUCAACCGCCAGCUCUGGGUCUACUGAAGGCUUGAAGGCGGAGAAGAAGAACAAGCCAAUGACCGUUGACCGUGAGCUGCCGGAUCCUUUGAAGGACCGCACCAGAGCUCGUGUGCAAUUUGUCGGGUUUUGGGUUUUGAUGGGUAUCUGUGCUCUCUUGAUGUUCAACUACGAGAAGCAGAACUCUCCAGUGGUGACGACAACUUUGCAUUUCUUGAGAAGAAGUCAGAUCAUCAGAAGUGUAUUGGGUGAUGAGAUUGAUUUUGCCAGUGUCUAUCCAUGGAUCAGCGGUGAGUUGAACCAAGUCAAGGGUGUUGUGGAUAUCAAGUUCACCGUGAAGGGUUCCAACAACCAAGGUGUUGUUAGAUUGGUUGCUGAUAGAAAGAGCAGACACGACGAGUUCCUGAUCCAUGAGUGGAGCUUAGAGGUUGAUGGUAAAAAGUAUGACUUGCUGGCAGACGAUAGCGUCGACUUCUCCGUUUGA